AUGGUUAAGGUGGAAAUCAUCUCCAAGGAGUCCAUCAAACCUUCCUCUAAAAUGCCUGAUCGCCUCAGAACCUUUCGGCUCUCUUUGUUAGAUCAGUUCACUGCGCCUUUCCUCUAUUUCCCACUUCUUCUUUACUACUCGCAUGACAAAAGAACUAGCAACGUCAAGCAAGCUGAGAUUUCCCUUCUCUUGAAAAGAUCGCUUUCGGAUGCCUUGGCUCUCUACUACCCAUUUGCUGGAAGGACGAAAGGCGAAAGCUCAGUCGACUGCAAUGAUCAAGGCGUUGAUUGCCUAGAAGCUCGGGUUGACAUCCACUUGUCAGAAGUUAUCGAAUCACCAGAAGUUGAAGUAAUAAAUCAAUUUGUUCCGAGCACAAGUGAAGAGAGUGAUGGUGUGCUACUAGGCAUACAAUUGAACUUCUUCACCUGUGGGGAUGGAUAUAAAGUUUCCACAGUCAAGGCAUGGGCGGCCGCGGCUUGUGGCGACACCAAUUUGGUGGCCCCGAGUUUCGUCGCGUCUUCUCUCUUCCCGCCCAAAGAACAGUCCGGGCAAGAGAUGAUUCUUGGAACCGUGGAACACUGGGCCGACACUCGAAGGUUUUGCUUCAGCAGCUCAAAAAUAGCUGCUCUGAGGGCUGAAGUAGGAGCCAGCACCGCGUUUCAACCAACGCGGGUCGAGUUGGUAACGGCAGCGAUUUGGAAGUGGGCCAUGACUCGAGAAGGGCGUGAUCGAAGCCACUUGUCGGUGUCAUGCCAUGGAGUGAAUAUAAGGGGGAGGAUGGACCCGCCUUUAUCGGAAAGUACGGUUGGGAACGUGGUCAGGAGAUCACCGAACGCAUCGGGAAACGGUGAGAUGGGUUUGGGUGAGCUGGUGAGUAAGACGAGGGAAGCAAUUGGGAGAAUCGACAGUGAGUAUUUGAAAGAGUUGCAGGGGGAAAAUGGACAUGAUAUGGUUACUAGGGGUGCAAAGGAGGAAGUGGAGUUGGUCUUGGAUGAGGAAGUGGAUUACUUCAGAUUUACUAGUUGGUGUAGGUUUCCGUUUUCUGAGUCGGAUUUCGGUUGGGGUAAGCCUGUCUGGGCGAGUAGUGCAAGUUGGGCUGCUCCGAACACUAUUGUGUUGAUGGAUUCCAUGAGCGAUAUUGGCGGAAUAGAAGCAUGGUUCACAAUGGCUGAAGACGGUAGCUAUGAUGAAAUUUGAAGAGGCGGCCAAGCUCCUGUCCUGGGUUUUGUUACAAGUAACUAAAAUAUACGCUUUUCAAGUUGGGUUCCACUGAACUUUUAAAUUUUUUUAGAAGUUUUUUCCUUAUUCCAAAAAAAUUCACGUUUGUUAAUUAGUUUUUCAUCAAAUUUUUGUGAAUUAUUGAUUCGCCUCAACGAGAAUCAGAAAAGUUUUUUUUUAUACUUUUACUCAAAUACUUUUGAAAAUAUCCACUUUUAAGCCAAAAAAGGUGCAAAGUGUUUAAAAGUGGAUAUUUUCCCAAAAUUUUUGGGUAAGAGUAAAAUGUUUUGGAUUUUUCGAUUCCUCUCGUUGAGACGAAUCAAUAAUCUACAAAAGUUUAGCGCAAAACAAAAAAACGCGAUUUUUUUUUGAAUGAGGACAAAACUCACUUUUUGCUUAGUUGUUAUGCCUUUGUUAUGCAUUUAUGUUUCUCUUGCCCUUUUCAAUCUAAACAACUUCCAUUGCAAUUUCCAGUUUGAUGGUAACUUCUUCUUCUGUUGUUGCUUUCUGUGUUCUUUCUGCUUUUGCAGUGAAAUUUUUUAGAUGGUAAUCAAAACAUAAAAGAAAUGCUUCUUUUGGGGUAAUUUGAAUCAAUUUCGCGGAACGCAACUUUUAAUCGCGCGGGCGUACUACAAAUCGGAGCUUCCUUCCACAAUGAUUUUGCACAUAUUUUAACUUGUGAGGAGAGUGACCCAAAAUAAAUUUGGUACAUAGUGGAAAUCGAAGCACAAAUUUGUGCUUGUAAGACACCUAUCUCUGUCUUUCUUACCACUUGAGCUGACCCCUUGAGUUCGUAUUAGCAAUGUAAUAUUUCCAAUUCAAUUGCAACUAAUCUAUUGUAAUAACCAGAAUACAUUUCCAGAAUCAAGUCUGUGGCCAAGUUUUAUUGAAAACUAAAUAAGAAAAAGAUGUUUCCA